AUGAUGAUGAUGAUGAUGAUGAAAAACAUGCACCAUCAACGGCAGCAGCAAGCGGACCACGCGAACGAGGCAAACUAUGCAAGAGGCACCAGACUCCCUCUUUCUGGUGAAGGACCAACUUCUCAGCCGAAUAGCUCCAAGCAAACUGUCCUGUCUUGGCAAGCUGCAAUCGAUGCUGCCAGACAGGCCAAGGCUGCCCAAACUAUGAGCACCUCCGCACCCCCACCUGUGGGAUCUCUCUCCCAAAGAAAACGUCAGCAAUACGCCAAGAGCAAAAAACAGGGUAACUCGUCCAACAGCCGACCUGCCCGCGCCCUUUUCUGUUUGUCACUCAAUAACCCCAUCCGAAGAGCCUGCAUUAGUAUAGUGGAAUGGAAACCAUUUGACAUAUUUAUAUUAUUGGCUAUUUUUGCCAAUUGUGUGGCCUUAGCUAUUUACAUCCCAUUCCCUGAAGAUGAUUCUAAUUCAACAAAUCAUAACUUGGAAAAAGUAGAAUAUGCCUUCCUGAUUAUUUUUACAGUCGAGACAUUUUUGAAGAUUAUAGCGUAUGGAUUAUUGCUACAUCCUAAUGCUUAUGUUAGGAAUGGAUGGAAUUUACUGGAUUUUGUUAUAGUAAUAGUAGGAUUGUUUAGUGUAAUUCUGGAACAAUUAACCAAAGAAACAGAAGGCGGUAACCACUCCAGUGGCAAGUCAGGAGGCUUCGAUGUCAAAGCCCUCCGCGCCUUUCGGGUGUUACGACCACUUCGACUAGUGUCAGGAGUGCCCAGUUUACAAGUUGUCCUGAACUCCAUUAUAAAAGCCAUGGUUCCCCUCCUUCACAUAGCCCUUUUGGUAUUAUUUGUAAUCAUAAUCUAUGCUAUUAUAGGAUUGGAACUUUUUAUUGGAAAAAUGCACAAAACAUGUUUUUUUGCUGACACAGAUAUCCUGGCCGAAGAGGACCCAGCGCCGUGUGCGUUCUCAGGGAAUGGACGCCAGUGUGCUGCCAAUGGCACCGAGUGUAGGAGUGGCUGGGUUGGCCCAAACGGAGGCAUCACCAACUUUGAUAACUUUGCCUUUGCCAUGCUCACCGUGUUUCAGUGCAUCACCAUGGAGGGCUGGACAGACGUGCUCUACUGGGUAAAUGAUGCGAUAGGAUGGGAAUGGCCAUGGGUGUAUUUUGUUAGUCUGAUCAUCCUUGGCUCAUUUUUCGUCCUUAACCUGGUUCUUGGUGUCCUUAGUGGAGAAUUCUCAAAGGAAAGAGAGAAGGCUAAAGCCCGGGGAGAUUUCCAGAAGCUCCGGGAGAAGCAGCAGCUGGAGGAGGAUCUAAAGGGCUACCUGGAUUGGAUCACCCAAGCAGAAGACAUUGAUCCUGAGAACGAGGAAGAAGGAGGAGAGGAAAGCAAACGAAACACCAGCAUGCCCACCAGCGAGACCGAGUCGGUGAACACAGAGAACGUGAGUGGCGGAGGCGAGAACCAAGGUGGCUGUGGGAGUCUCUGGUGCUGGUGGAAAAGAAGAGGCACGGCCAAGGCUGGGCCCUCUGGGUGUCGGCGGUGGGGCCAAGCCAUCUCAAAAUCCAAGCUCAGCCGACGCUGGCGUCGCUGGAACCGCUUCAAUCGCAGAAGAUGUCGGGCUGCUGUGAAGUCUGUCACGUUUUACUGGCUGGUUAUUGUCCUGGUGUUUCUCAACACCUUAACCAUUUCCUCUGAGCACUACAACCAGCCUGACUGGCUGACGCAGAUUCAAGAUAUCGCUAACAAAGUCCUCCUGGCUCUGUUCACCUGCGAGAUGCUGGUAAAAAUGUAUAGCUUGGGUCUCCAGGCAUAUUUCGUCUCUCUCUUUAACCGGUUUGAUUGCUUCGUGGUGUGCGGUGGAAUUACCGAGACCAUCUUGGUGGAGCUGGAGAUCAUGUCUCCCCUGGGGAUCUCUGUGUUUCGGUGUGUGCGCCUCUUAAGGAUUUUCAAGGUGACCAGGCACUGGACUUCCCUGAGCAACUUAGUGGCCUCCUUGUUAAACUCCAUGAAGUCCAUCGCUUCGCUGUUGCUUCUGCUUUUUCUCUUCAUCAUCAUCUUUUCCUUGCUUGGGAUGCAGCUGUUUGGUGGCAAGUUUAAUUUUGACGAAACGCAGACCAAGCGGAGCACCUUUGACAAUUUCCCUCAAGCCCUUCUGACAGUCUUCCAGAUCCUGACAGGAGAAGACUGGAACGCCGUGAUGUAUGAUGGCAUUAUGGCCUAUGGCGGCCCGUCCUCCUCAGGGAUGAUCGUCUGCAUCUACUUCAUCAUCCUCUUCAUUUGUGGUAACUAUAUCCUACUGAAUGUCUUCUUGGCCAUCGCUGUAGACAAUCUGGCUGAUGCUGAAAGUUUGAAUACUGCCCAGAAAGAGGAAGCUGAAGAGAAGGAGAGGAAAAAGAUUGCCAGAAAAGAGAGCCUGGAGAAUAAAAAGAACAACAAACCAGAAGUCAACCAGAUAGCCAACAGUGACAAUAAGGUUACAAUUGAUGACUAUCGAGAAGAGGAUGAAGACAAGGACCCCUACCCACCUUGUGAUGUGCCAGUAGGGGAAGAGGAAGAGGAGGAGGAGGAGGAUGAACCUGAGGUUCCUGCUGGCCCCCGUCCUCGCAGAAUCUCAGAGUUGAACAUGAAGGAGAAAAUCGCCCCCAUUCCUGAAGGGAGCGCGUUCUUCAUUCUGAGCAAGACCAACCCGAUCCGCGUGGGCUGCCACAAGCUCAUCAACCACCACAUCUUCACCAACCUCAUCCUCGUCUUCAUCAUGCUGAGCAGCGCCGCCCUUGCCGCCGAGGACCCCAUCCGCAGCCACUCCUUCCGGAACACUAUACUGGGUUACUUUGACUAUGCUUUCACAGCCAUCUUUACUGUUGAAAUCCUGUUAAAGAUGGCGACUUUUGGAGCUUUCCUCCACAAAGGGGCUUUCUGCAGGAACUACUUCAAUCUGCUGGAUAUGCUGGUUGUCGGGGUGUCCCUGGUAUCAUUUGGGAUCCAAUCCAGUGCCAUCUCCGUUGUGAAGAUUCUGAGGGUCUUAAGGGUCCUGCGGCCGCUCAGGGCGAUCAACAGAGCGAAAGGACUUAAGCACGUGGUCCAGUGUGUCUUCGUGGCCAUCCGGACCAUUGGCAACAUCAUGAUCGUCACCACCCUUCUCCAGUUCAUGUUCGCCUGCAUCGGGGUCCAGUUGUUCAAGGGAAAGUUCUAUCGCUGUACAGAUGAAGCCAAAAGUAACCCCGAAGAGUGCAGGGGGCUUUUCAUCCUCUACAAGGAUGGGGAUGUUGAUAACCCUGUGGUCCGUGAGAGGAUCUGGCAAAAUAGUGAUUUCAACUUUGACAACGUCCUUUCUGCUAUGAUGGCGCUGUUCACGGUCUCCACGUUUGAGGGCUGGCCUGCGUUGCUGUAUAAAGCCAUCGACUCGAAUGGAGAGAAUGUGGGCCCCAUCUACAACCACCGCGUGGAGAUCUCCAUCUUCUUCAUCAUCUACAUCAUCAUCGUGGCUUUCUUCAUGAUGAACAUCUUUGUGGGCUUCGUCAUCGUCACAUUUCAGGAGCAGGGAGAGAAAGAGUAUAAGAACUGUGAGCUGGACAAAAAUCAGCGUCAGUGUGUUGAAUACGCCUUGAAAGCACGUCCCUUGCGGAGAUACAUCCCCAAAAACCCCUACCAGUACAAGUUCUGGUACGUGGUGAACUCCUCGCCUUUCGAAUACAUGAUGUUUGUCCUCAUCAUGCUCAACACACUCUGCUUGGCCAUGCAGCACUAUGAGCAGUCCAAGAUGUUUAAUGACGCCAUGGACAUUCUGAACAUGGUCUUCACUGGGGUGUUCACCGUUGAGAUGGUUUUGAAAGUCAUCGCGUUUAAACCUAAGGGGUAUUUUAGUGACGCCUGGAACACGUUUGACUCCCUCAUCGUAAUCGGCAGCAUUAUAGACGUGGCCCUCAGCGAAGCCGACCCAACUGAAAGUGAAAAUGUCCCUGUCCCAACCGCCACACCCGGGAACUCUGAAGAGAGCAAUAGAAUCUCCAUCACCUUUUUCCGUCUUUUCCGAGUGAUGCGGUUGGUGAAGCUUCUCAGCAGGGGGGAAGGCAUCCGGACGUUGCUGUGGACUUUUAUAAAGUCCUUUCAGGCACUGCCCUAUGUAGCCCUCCUCAUAGCCAUGUUGUUCUUCAUCUACGCGGUGAUUGGCAUGCAGAUGUUUGGGAAGGUUGCUAUGAGAGAUAACAACCAGAUCAACAGGAACAACAAUUUCCAGACCUUUCCCCAGGCGGUGCUGCUGCUCUUCAGGUGUGCCACGGGUGAAGCCUGGCAGGAGAUCAUGCUGGCCUGCCUCCCGGGGAAGCUCUGUGACCCCGAGUCGGACUAUAACCCCGGGGAGGAGUACACGUGUGGGAGCAACUUCGCCAUUGUUUAUUUCAUCAGUUUUUACAUGCUCUGCGCGUUUCUGAUCAUUAACCUGUUUGUGGCUGUCAUCAUGGACAACUUUGAUUAUCUGACCCGGGACUGGUCUAUUCUGGGGCCUCACCAUUUAGAUGAAUUCAAAAGAAUAUGGUCGGAGUAUGACCCUGAGGCGAAAGGAAGGAUAAAACACCUCGAUGUGGUCACUCUGCUCCGCCGCAUCCAGCCUCCCCUGGGGUUUGGGAAAUUAUGCCCACACAGAGUAGCCUGUAAGAGACUAGUGGCCAUGAACAUGCCUCUCAACAGUGAUGGGACGGUCAUGUUUAAUGCAACCCUGUUUGCUUUGGUUCGAACGGCUCUUAAAAUCAAGACGGAAGGGAACCUGGAACAAGCUAAUGAAGAACUCCGAGCUGUGAUCAAGAAAAUCUGGAAGAAAACUAGCAUGAAACUGCUUGACCAAGUUGUCCCUCCAGCUGGUGAUGAUGAGGUAACCGUGGGGAAGUUCUAUGCCACUUUCCUGAUACAGGACUACUUUAGGAAAUUCAAGAAACGGAAAGAACAAGGCCUGGUGGGAAAAUACCCUGCGAAGAACACCACCAUUGCCCUACAGGCAGGAUUAAGGACACUGCAUGACAUUGGGCCAGAAAUCCGGCGUGCUAUAUCAUGUGAUUUGCAAGAUGACGAGCCGGAGGAAACAAAACGAGAAGAAGAAGAAGAUGUAUUCAAAAGAAAUGGUGCCCUGCUUGGAAACCAUGUCAAUCAUGUUAAUAGUGAUAGGAGAGACCCCCUUCAGCAGACCAAUACCACCCACCGUCCCCUGCAUGUCCAAAGGCCUUCAGUUCCACCUGCAAGUGAUACUGAGAGACCGCUGUUUCCUCCAGCAGGAAAUUCGGGGUGUCAUAGCCAUCAUAACCAUAAUUCCAUAGGAAAGCAAGCUCCCAGCUCAACAAAUGCCAAUCUCAAUAAUGCCAAUAUGUCCAAAGCUGCCCCUGGAAAGCGGCCCAGCAUGGGGAACCUUGAGCAUAUGUCUGAAAAUGGGCAUCCCUCCUCCCACAAGCAUGACCGGGAGCCUCCAAGAAGGUCCAGUAUUAAAAGAACUCGCUAUUAUGAAACUUACAUUAGGUCUGACUCGAGGGAUGAGCAGUUCCCCACUAUCUGCCGGGAAGAUCCAGAGAUCCGUGGCUACUUCAGGGACUCCUGCUGCUUGGAGGAACAGGAGUAUUUCAGCGGUGAGGAGGGCUUUGAGGAUGCCUGCUCGCCGACCGGGGCCAGGCAAAACUACAGCUACUACAGCCGAUACCCAGGUGGCAGCUGGGACUUCGAGCGGCCCCGAGGCUACCAUCACCCCCAAGGCUUCUUGGAGGAUGAGGACUCGCCUGUUUGCUAUGAUUCCCGGAGAUCUCCAAGGAGACGCCUACUACCUCCCACCCCGACAUCCCACCGGAGAUCCUCCUUCAACUUCGAGUGCCUGCGCGGGCAGAGCAGCCAGGAGGACGUCCCGCCGUCCCCCGCCUUCCCCCACCACACAGCCCUGCCUCUGCACCUGAUGCAGCAACAGAUCAUGGCAGUUGCGGGCCUGGAUUCCAGUAAAGCCCAGAAGUACUCACCGAGCCACUCGACCCGGUCAUGGGCCACCCCUCCGGCGACCCCUCCGUACCGGGACUGGACACCGUGCUACGCGCCCCUGAUCCAGGUGGAGCGGCCGGAGGCCCUGGACCAGGUCAAUGGCAGCCUGCCGUCCCUGCACCGGAGCUCCUGGUACACGGACGAGCCUGGCAUCUCGUACCGAACGUUCACACCAGCCAGCCUGACUGUCCCCAGCAGCUUCCGCAACAAGAACAGUGACAAGCAGAGGAGCGCAGACAGCUUGGUGGAGGCGGUCCUGAUAUCUGAAGGCUUAGGACGGUAUGCAAGGGACCCAAAAUUUGUAUCGGCAACAAAACACGAAAUCGCCGAUGCCUGCGACCUGACCAUCGACGAGAUGGAGAGUGCAGCCAGCAACCUGCUCAAUGGGACGGUGCAUCCCCAGGCUAACGGGGGCGUGGGCCCCGUCUCCCACCGGCAGGACUAUGAGCUCCAGGACUUCGGGCCAGGCUAUAGCGAUGAAGAGCCUGACCCCGGAAGAGAUGAGGAAGACCUGGCAGAUGAAAUGAUCUGCAUCACCACCCUGUAG